CAACGAUUUAGGAACAGCUUUUCCACAAUUAGAUUUCCGAAUACUUCAUGCAUCCAUGAUUUCCCCUCAUUUUCCACUAUUUUUGUUUUGUAAUUUAUAAUAUUUUUAUGUCUGCUGUAUCGAAACAAUAGAUUUAACGUCGCAUUCGUCAGUGAUAAUAAGCCUGAGAUUCUGCCGAAGCUGGUAACACAAGAAAAACCUGAUUCAGAUUCUCCCAGUAGGAGCGCUGCAGGGCCAGCGCAAUUCUGGUGACUGCAACAGUAUCUGGUUUUUAAGUGGCGCUCUUCAGGAAGUGACGGAGAUGCGGCGAUACUGUUCUGGUGAUGCUGGGUAAUGUAGUUAAGUGGAAAACGUGUGCCGGAGUUAGAGGAUUUGAAUUGUUGUCUGGCAUGAGCUUAAAGAGGCUUCGGGUUGAGUCUGAGAAUGGGGGUCGAAAAAAGAGGCAGCUGAAACUGGAAGUUGCAGAAUUCAAUCGGUUGUUGCUGGAAACGAAGGAGAGAGUGAGCGAGGCCUGGAGUCGGGGGCUCGAAUAUUCACACGAGUGUGGUCUGCUGGUCAGUGCUCAGCCAUUUACGCACUGUGUGGUACCUAAUUUCAUCCAGAGUCAGUCAUUCCUGACAGGGCUUCAAAAUGAACUUCUGCAACUAAACUUUCAUGAAAAAUCCAAUGAUCUCUACAAAUUUAAGCAGUCAGAUGAUCUCAGGAGAAGGAAAGAGUACCAUAUCUCAGCGCUAAGGAAAAUACUUUAUGAAGACUUUCGUAUGUUGCUGUCAGAUAUCGUAGGUGUACAACUGGAAAACACAGUUGAUAUAUCCUGCACUAAGUAUGAAUACACAGAUGUGUUGCUCUGUCAUGAUGAUGAGUUGGAAGGACGAAGAAUAGCGUUCAUCUUGUAUCUUGUACCUGAAUGGCAAGCAAGUGAUGGUGGCACCUUGGAUCUUUAUGAUGCAGAUGACCACAACCAGCCUCGGCAAAUUGCCAAGUCAUUAACUCCUUCCUGGAACACAUUAGUUUUCUUUGAUGUUUCCUCAGUCUCUCAUCAUCAGGUAUCUGAAGUUUUGGUGGAGGGCAAGUGCCGCCUUUCUGUCAGUGGCUGGUUCUAUGGGCAAUCGUUGGAGAGGCCCCCUCGUUAUAUCGAAGCUCUUUCUCCUCGAAUGCCUCAUAUUGCAUGUGAUGAAAAAAUUCUUUAUGAAUGGAUCAAUCCAAUUUACAUGGAUAUGUCAACCCAAGCUAAUAUCCAGGAGCAGUUUGAAGAAAAAUCUGAAAUUCUUCUAAAGAAUUUUUUCAAGAAAGAAAAAUUCCAGAUGAUAUGUGAGGCUGUAUCUAACCCGAAGAUUAAAUGGAAGAGAAGAGGACCUGCCAACAAAAGAUGCUAUGAUCAAGCUGAGGAAGAUGGUCUUCCUGAUAUUCUUGCUGAAUGUAUGAAUCUGUUUCGUUCUGAGGCCAUGUUCCUGCUUCUAUCCAAUUUUACUGGCUUAAAACUGCAUUUCCUCGCAGCCUCAGAUGAUAGUGAUGAACACGAGAAUGAACUGGAGAUGUCUAGUGGAAGUGAACAUCCAUGUUCCAGCAAUGAAAAGUGUGGCAAUUCACAUUUAAUGUAUAUUGAAGGCAAUGACAGCAGAGGAGAAAUAAAAGUUGAAACAGAAAAAACAAUGCCAGGGGAUGGUUCACAAGAGCCUGGUGUCCCUGUUUGCCGAGGAGAACUACGAUAUUGGAAAAAUGGAUACUACACACUUAUACAUAACACCAAUAUGGAAAACACAGAGUUUUCCCUGGACCUGUUGUUGAGCUGUGGCUGCAAAGACUGGCAUGAGGAAUUUGGUGGUGUCACUUCAUACGUUGCAAAAGGGGAAGAUGAAGAGUUACUUACCCUUUGUCCAGAAGACAACGCAUUGGCAUUGAUCUACCGCGAUAAAGAAACGCUGAAGUUUGUGAAACAUGUUAACCAGAGGAGCAUCAGUCAGUGUAACUGGAAGCAUGUCGAGAAGGGGUUCUGGGACUUUUCCUUUGUAUAUUAUGAAUGAUGGCACAUCUGCUUUUCUUAAGUUGUUGCGUCUAAUAUGGCAUGGCGCAUAUUGCCAUUGUUUUCUAGAUGAGAAGAUUUUGUAGCAACAUGUGUCAGGUCUUUCCAAGGUCUAAUAUAUAAUGGUUGCAUUUGGAUUUCAGAUGGGCUGCUAAUUGGCUUUUCCAGAAGUUUGUUGACUUGAAUGAGGGACUUAUUAGGCCUGGCAAAGGUACUGUUGAAGUCUCAAAUUCAUAUAAUUCUUUGAAAUUUAUUUUGUGGUCUUCAUUUCCUGAUUAAAAAUGUGUUUGAAAAAAUCUGAAGUAAGCCUUCCUUAAUUUCUUGCAUCUUAUGU